AUGAGGGAUGGUGAAUUUCAAGGACAGGCCGAUCAAUUAGUCGAAGACUGCAAAGUGGUGAAGAUCGACACACCUGCGGACGAUGAGAUCGUGAGACCUCCGACAGGGAUCGAUGUGAUCGAAACAGGGUACGAGAGUGAUCGAGGUAGAGAUAGACCGAGGCAGACAGGACAGAAGUCGGGCGACAUUGAAGAUAACAGGUAUGAGGUAACAGAUCCUGUCCAUAAACAGUCCAGCCGUCAGCCUGACAGGAUUAAGAGUGAAGAUUGUGAGUUACAAGAUCAGGUGGAUAAACGGACGAAAAAAAUGGACUGCACCAAGACCGACGAAGAGACGACGAAAGAUGAGUUGACGCCAUCACCGAUGUAUCACCACGAUGCCGGCGAACUGUUCGCAGAAGAUGUGGAUCAACACCUGGCUGUUCUUCCCGAAGUCGUUACGCCUACACAAGAUAUAACGAUCGAUGAUAUCCAAGUAGGUGAUCCCGGCAUUCCAAUAACCGAAGAUCAAGAGAAAUUACGACAAAUGAUUUGGAAAAGCCGGCACCUACUAAUUGGAAAAGGCAACGCCCUUCCCCCUGCGGCGCGCGGCGCAGUCUGUGACAUUGAUGUAGGAGGAGCUAGCCCGAUCGCACAACGGGUCCGACCGGUAGCUCCAAAGUUCCGAGAAAAACUCGCUGAUCUGAUCAAGGGACUGCUGUCGGACAAGAUCAUUCGACCAUCUACAUCACCAUGGGCAUCCCCUAUCGUGGUAAUCAUCAAGAAAAACGGAGAAGAUAUAAGGCUGUGUAUUGAUUACAGGCGGGUGAAUUAG